AUGGCUCUCCGACUCGCAACACGGCGCUUUGCGCCUCAGAUGUUCACGGCCUCCCGCCGGGGCAUGGCCACCACAAUCGAGCACACCAAGGAGCCCAUCAGCGCAGUUGCAGAGGCCACCUCGGCUUCCCGCCCACCAGAGCCUGCGAGCAAGUCUACUCCCAAGCAAGAGCCCCGAGUCGAUCCCGAUUCACGCGUGAAGACCUUCCAUAUCUACCGCUGGAAUCCUGAUGAGCCUGCCAGCAAGCCCAAGAUGCAGUCUUACACCCUCGACUUGAACAAGACGGGCCCAAUGAUGCUGGACGCGCUCAUCAGAAUCAAGAAUGAGGUCGACCCGACUCUCACAUUCCGAAGGAGUUGCAGAGAGGGCAUUUGCGGUAGCUGCGCGAUGAAUAUUGAUGGUGUGAACACAUUGGCAUGUCUAUGUGAGUGACAGUUGGAUACGGAUAAGCAGUGAACAGGUACUGAUGGUUUGUUCCAGGCCGUAUCCCAACCGAUACCCAAAAGGAGUCGAGAAUCUACCCAUUGCCACACACCUACGUCGUAAAGGACCUUGUACCCGACUUGACCCAAUUUUACAAGCAGUACAAAUCCAUCAAGCCGUAUCUCCAGAGGGACACGCCACCUCCAGAUGUAGGAAACACCACUCACGCGAGCAACAGGAACAUCAGGCUAACAAUGUGUACAGGGCAAGGAGAACCGCCAGUCCAAGGCCGACCGCCGCAAGCUCGACGGUCUUUACGAGUGUAUCCUUUGCGCAUGCUGCUCGACAUCGUGCCCAUCGUACUGGUGGAACAGCGAAGAAUACCUCGGUCCAGCCGUCCUCCUCCAAUCGUACCGCUGGAUCGCCGACUCUCGUGACGAGAAGACCGCCCAGCGUAAGGAUGCACUCAACAACAGCAUGAGCUUGUAUCGAUGCCACACCAUUUUGAACUGCAGCAGAACAUGCCCGAAAGGUCUGAACCCGGCAUUGGCAAUUGCCGAGAUCAAGAAGAGCAUGGCUUUCGCGUAA